UCAAGGCGGGAAGGAUGGCGACCACUAUUGGCAGGAUUACUGCCAAUAUCGGUGGACCGGGAGAGGGUAGGCAUCAUGUGUACGCCUCGAUGGUCAUGUCGGUGAUCCUAUACAGAGCGAUAUGGGCUCAAAUCGUGGCUGGGGACCGGCAUCUGCAUCGUCUGGUAGAGCAGCUCCAGCGGUUGUCGCUCAGGAUGAUAGCCUACUGCACCAUCUCCCAUGAGGCUGCGGCCAUCUUGGCGAGAUCGGUGCCGUUCAAGUUCAUGAUGGAUUGCCUGAGGAACAUGUAUUUGCGUAGGAGAGAGAUCAUCUGUAGAGAUGGAUUUAUUAUGCCGAGGGUUCAGAACCUUAUUCGAGAGUGGAGUUCCGCCGCUCCAUGGAAAGAUGGAGAGAUUAUUUGGUUAGCUUCUCUUCGGAGGCUCCUGGUACGGCGGCCAGGGAAGCCCUGAAUGACUGCAUAGGCGACUGGGUGGCUCGUGCACACGGAGGCCUCACGUAUCGCAUGACUCAGGUCAUCACGGAUCAUGGAUGCUUUGAGGUCUACCUAUACGAAAUAGGAUUUCCGAUUCGAAGAUGUGCGCCCAUUGGUGAAGGGGAGGGGGGUGGGGAAACGGUCCACACUGUUCUGUCCUUCUUGAGAGGACUAGCGUGUGGUGCUGUUCGAUGCCUUUGGGGCUGGAUGCGUCUGAUAGAACCUAUGGCGUAUUGUUAGAGCUGCUCUGGACUCUUCGCAGUCCUGGAUGGCCCUCGCGGAUUUCUGCGAAACCGUGAUGAAGAAGAAAAAGGAACGUGAGGGAGAGGACGCGGGUGAUGUUCACCUUUGCCUCUUUGCUCCGAUGGCUGAACAGCGGAGACAUGUGAAUAGGGUGCAUAGUUAGCGUAAUUAUGCUGAUAGUUUUAUCAAUCAUCUCACAGAUUUCUGAAAAAAAAACGCAACUCAAAUUACAUGAUGUAUCGUAGGAGCAGAAACAAUAAGUAAUGUGCACAUAUAUAUUUUCCAACUAAAAAGAUAUACCCAAUGCAUACAUACAAAAUACAUUAUAAAUUAGUUUUGAAUGCGUAGAAUAAUAGCUAGAUUAUAUUAUAAAUUAAAUAUACUGAAUGUAUAUAAUCUCGAAGCUGAUAUAAUUAUUUCAUCAUUACAGUAUACAAGCGCAAAAGAGAUAUAAUGCUGACAUAUUCUUUGGCAUAACAAUUAGCUAUAAGUUCAUAAUUUAAGAUAUAAAUAACAUUUGAUUAUAAUAAUGCUCAGAGAAGCCAAUUUGUACUAAUUAGAUGUAUAAUAUAAUUAUAAAUGCAUGUCGUUAUAAUUUCAUCGAGAAAUAUUAAUGUAUAAUUUUGUUUUUCUUGUCAGUUUACAAAUCUUUCAAUAAAUAUAAUAACGUGCACUAUUAAAACUUAUCCUUAAUUCAUCAUGUAUUUAAAUAUCUUAUGUGUCUCAUGUCUCUGUUCAGAUUUUGAAAUAUUCAUAAUUAAUCUUAUGAAAAAAAUAAAGAUAGGAAUUCAUUAAAACGGAAUUGUUUUCAGAUUUUGAGAAAGUACAGAUAAUUAUUACUGCCAUACAUAUUUGUAUUGAUAUCCUUAUCAACAAUGUAAAUGUUUAAUGUGUUACAUGUUAAAUACUAAGUAGAUUUCGAUAUAAUAUAGAUUUGCUACAAUAUAAAUUGUAAAAAUGUAUUUUUUUAAUUUGCUUAUAGCAGUAAUAAUGUUUUCAUCUUCCAAAAAAGCCAUAAAUAAUGAUAUCAAUAGCCAAUAUGUGCAAUACGAGAUCUUUUGGUAAUUAUUAUAGAAUAUAAAUCUGGUUAAAUAUAGGCCUUUUGAUGGCAUUGAUUAAUAUAUGUUUUAUAUAAUUAUUAUCUUAUACAUCAAUACAUACAUAUUUAUAUAAUUGUUUUAGGUAAUUAGGUGUAAAUAACGUCAAAUCAGUUUAACUGAUACAUCAGCGUCCAUGAGCCACUAUCAAUAGAAUGGAAUUUUGAUCGUUAGUGCACAUUACAUUACAGUACAUAAUACAUAUUAAACAAAUAUAAAAUGUUAAAUCAAA